GUUGAUCGGGGUUUCCUCCUGACUUACCGGUUUGCGCCAUUUUCUACAUUAAGCGCUAAGUUACCUUGGAAAGAAAUUGAGACCCUAGUUGGUAUUCACCGAGAGUCUCUCAAGUAACAACAUUUUGUAACAACACACCUGUCGGUAUCUGAGCAUGGAAGACGAAAGCCACCCAAAAACACUAUAUGUGGGAAACCUGUCAAGAGAUGUCACGGAAAACUUAAUCCUUCAGUUGUUCACGCAGAUAGGACCUUGUAAAAGCUGUAAAAUGAUAACAGAGAUAUCUGUGUCUGUUUUGCAGCACACAAGCAAUGACCCAUAUUGCUUUGUGGAGUUCUUUGAGCAUAGGGAUGCGGCUGCUGCGUUGGCAGCCAUGAAUGGCCGGAAGAUCCUUGGGAAGGAGGUGAAGGUAAAUUGGGCUACAACUCCAAGUAGUCAAAAGAAAGAUACAUCCAAUCACUUUCAUGUCUUUGUGGGUGAUUUGAGUCCAGAGAUUACUACUGAAGAUAUCAAGGCUGCCUUUGCACCAUUUGGAAAAAUCUCAAUGCUCAUAGGAUUGGACAGGAGCUUGAAGGCUUACAGCAAGGAACUGUGCACAUGGAAAACUCAGAUGGAUGCACGUGUGGUGAAGGAUAUGACAACUGGGAAAUCUAAGGGGUAUGGAUUUGUGUCCUUCUAUAACAAACUGGAUGCAGAGAAUGCCAUCGUGCACAUGGGAGGACAGUGGCUGGGCGGGCGGCAGAUCAGAACAAACUGGGCCACUCGGAAGCCUCCUGCUCCCAAAAACGCACAAGAGAGUAGCUCGAAGCAGCUGAGAUUUGAAGACGUGGUGAACCAGUCGAGUCCCCAGAACUGCACCGUAUACUGUGGGGGGAUUCAGUCUGGCCUCUCAGAGCACCUCAUGCGACAGACAUUUUCACCAUUUGGACAAAUCAUGGAGAUCCGAGUUUUUCCUGAAAAAGGCUAUUCUUUCAUCAGGUUUUCUACUCAUGAGAGUGCAGCCCAUGCCAUUGUCUCUGUGAAUGGAACCACCAUUGAGGGCCAUGUUGUUAAGUGUUACUGGGGCAAAGAGUCACCUGACAUGGGCAAAACAGUGCAACAGAUGGACUACAGCCAGUGGGGACAGUGGAAUCAAGUGUAUGGAAAUCCCCAGCAGCAGCAGCAGCAGUAUGGUCAGUAUAUGACCAAUGGCUGGCAAAUGCCAUCCUACGGCAUGUAUGGUGGUCAGACGUGGAAUCAGCAAGGAUUUGGAAUGGAGGACUCCAUACUGGCAGCUGCACAGAACAUGUCAAGCCCCAUGUGUUCUCCACCUAGCAGACAGUCGCAGUCGCCAGGCUGGAUGGGAGGGUUCGGCACUCAGCCCUCUCAGCCUCAGCCUGGCCCGGUGAUGCCCAAUCAGUCCACCUUCGGCAUGGCUGGCUACCAGACACAGUGAGGGGGGGGCCGCCGCACCAACCGCAGUCACUCAACUCAACGAGUGGAAACUGGCCCCACAUGGAGAAUUGCGAUGCUGAGAUGAGAUUGGGUACCACGUCUUGGAGGAAAGAGUAAAUCCAGCUGAAGUUUUUUUUUUUUUUAAAAAGAGACUCACCUCUUGGAGUGGCUGAAUAGGACUCAAUGCCAUGAAUUGGGAAAAUGAAAUAUAUUGUCUGACACAUAUCUGUACCACAGAAAUUCUCCUUUUGAUUAUUUUCUUGCUGUCUCAUUACUUUUCAUGAACUGAGAGACGAGACAUGCAAGACAUUUUCCCCUCCUUAUUUGGGUUUGUGACUACACAUGGUCUAAACAGCUGGCAAGGGAUAAUGUUCCUUGUUUUUUUCCCCUAGAUUUGGAGACAGGGUUUGCACUGGUACAUUUAGAAAUGUUUGAAAUGUUUAGUUGUAGAUGUAGUGACGCUUUUUUGAUUUGAAAAGAAAUUGCCCCCGUGGGCUGAAGAUACAGUACACGUGCUAAAUGUCCAUCACUUUUCAUUAUGUACGUAAAGCACCAACUGUCCUAAUUUAACGAAACGACGCAAGUUGAGGCACUUUGGGGAGUUUUAAAAGACCCGUUUCUUGUAAAUGUUUCCGUGUACAUGAAUUUCUAUGUGCCGUUGUCUAUAGUUCCCCCCUCUUCAGCAUCACUCUGCAUUUCACCACAGUAUUCUUCUCGGCAGAUCUUGGAUACAGCGUGGAGGUCUCUGUAGCUACUGUUUAGCUGACAUCUUUUUAGUUAGUCUUCAUUAUGGACUUAAGUUAGCAAGGGCAAUGUGUACAUAACCUUUGAUAACGAUGUAUGAAAGUAAGUUUUUAUUUCCCAAAGCAUGCAUUCUUCAUUAUAGAGUCCUACAAAUUGAAUGCUGUACAUAGCACUGGUACAAAUUGCUUGACUGACAUAUUGAACCAAUUCAGUGUAAUUUACAAAGAAGCCUUAAUGUUAAUAGGUCAGUUCACGCAUCAUUUGUAACUCACAAGUUUGAAACUCGUUGUAGAGAGCUGAUGAUCUGUUGUAGAGCCCUUUUGCAGUUCAGUGUUCAUUUGCAGACUUUGACAGAUAUGUGUGCCAUUUUCAGCUGUGGAGCAGGGUGUGGGUUUUCCACUUCUUAGGGUAAACUGCAUGUUUUUAAAAUGUGUUAUUGGGGUUGCUAAAUGAAUGUAAAUGGCUGAACUGUUGGAUUAUAGAUUAUAGAUUUUGAAAAUGUAUCCAUUGUAUCAGAGGAGAAACCUCCAUGAAUUGAUAAUUGGAUAUUCUUUUCAGGCAUCAAACUUGAACCCAACGCAAAACAUGGCUGCAACUUUAAGGCGUGUAAAAAAAAAUAAAAUUAGAACACUUGUA